GCUGAGGCGCUGACUGGAAGUCUGUCAAACUUUUCCCACAGCAGAGGUGGAGAAGAAAGCUGAAAACCAGCUUUUCGGCGGUUUUUCCUCCUCUGGUUUAUCGAUUCCAGGCUCCACGACGAAUUCCGUCCGUGAUUCGGAAAGAGGGCGAGGAAACUCCGAGGCUCAGUACGGAGAGGAGACGAGCAUGGUUGAACAACAUCGGCAGGGCUGAUCUAACGGAGGCGAAAACCAAAACAGCUCGUGUUUACAGUAAUUGUUUUAUCUCAGACAGGGCGGACGGACCAGGGCAUUCGCCCGCCUGGCCGUGCCCGACGAGGAGCGCUCUCGGCCGGCUUGGGAGGCAGACGGCAGCCCCUCCUGGAAGUGUGGUUUUACCAUGGGCCUCAUGCGUCCCGAUGACUUCAGGACCAUAACUGAACUUUUGCUUCAUUGUGGACGCCCUUCUCCUGUGAAAAUGGACGGGCUUGUCUCUGAUGAGACGGCGAAAGGCCCAGGAGAGCUGGAUCCGUGUCUGUUGGAAAUAGACAGGAAGUAUGAAAUUGUCCCUGCUGUUAUCGCCUCCACAUGCUGCCUCUUUGGAAUUAUCUACUGCUUCUUUGGUUAUCGAUGCUUCAAAGCCAUCAUGUUCCUGUCGGGGCUGUUGUUUGGUUCCGUGAUCAUCUUCCUGCUGUGCUAUAAGGAGCGAGUGUUAGACACCCAGCUGAGCAUUGAGGCAAGCGCUGGAAUCGGCUUGGGCAUCGGACUUCUGUGUGGCCUCGUCACUAUGCUAGUGCGCAGCGUCGGUCUUUUUAUGACGGGCAUCCUGCUCGGUUUGCUCCUUGCCAUUGCUGGCCUUUUGCUCACACACCAGCUGUACACACCCAGCACCCUGUGGGUGCCCGUAGGUGUCCUCCUCGGCACUGGCAUGCUGUGUGCCGUUUUAACUCUUCAGUGGCAGAAGUUUUUCACCAUCAUCUCCACAGCUGUAUUUGGCGCCGCCAUCAUGACUGUGUGCGCUGAUUACUUUGUGGAGUUGCUGAUGCUGGUCACACAUAUUUAUGACUGUUUGCGCCUCAUCCCUGCUCCCGCACCACUCUGCUGGUACAGCUGGGUCAUCCUGGGCAUCUGGCCUUUGCUUAGCGUUAUGGGAGCAUUAGUGCAAUGGAAGCUCACAGCCGAAGGUUUUUCACACACGGAAGUGAUCAUCAGUAGAAGGCAGAAGCGACUGCAGCUGAUGAGAAUAAGACAGAAAGAUGUGAAAAAGCUGCAGCUGCCUGCAGGUCAGGAGGGGACGUAUCGCCGUAAACCCACUCCUGUAAAACGCUACGCUGGAGAUCUUCUAGCUCCAAGUUACCUGCAAAGUCUCCGGGAGCGUCAGAUGGGCACAGGCACAUCCCUGAGCAGCCUGAGUACCGCCAACCAUACCAUGGUGGACAUGGAUUAUGAUACUGGAUCUACAGUUCCACUCACACACACCACAGCAACAGCACGCACCUGAAGAUAAGCUGCAGCCAUCCGUGGUAAAAGAACUCACUGUCCAGAUAAGAAGAAAACAAGAUUGUGUGGUACUUCGUAGUAAAGUCAGAUUGUAUGAAUGAGAUUUUGGUUAGGUCCAGAAGUCCACUGCCAAGAACGGUUAUAAUUUCAUCGUUUUUAAAACCUAAAUGCAGCUCUAUCUGAUUCAAAUUAAGACUCUGUCAUUCACCAGUAUUGGACAGUGAAAGACUUUAUUAAUUGAAUGCAGUAGGAAUGAUGAGCAUUGAACGAUAAAAUGUAUGAAUAUAAAGUGUGUGAGAACAGGACAUUUAUCUAGAUUUGAAUUUUACACAGUGGAUUUCUCAGACAGGUACACACCAGGAUCUGGCCCGUUUUAAAGCUGAAAUUUGAAGCUGUAUAUUUUAGCCGUAGAAAAACACAAUUUUAAGAACACUGAUUUCCAGUCGCUGCCAUACAGUGAAACUUUUCCAGACUAUAGGCUAGACAGUGAUUUAAAACAUCAUCAAAUGACCUGAAGUAAGUAUCCGUUAUUUAAUCGGUAGGAGUCUCGGUGUAAAAGUGUCAGUUUUCUAUAGCCUGUGGGGCAAAAACAGUUCUGGAUCGACUUGAACUCUGGACCUGACUGUAUGGAGAGAUAAAUUGUCUAAUCUGAAUCAUUAGGACUUCAGUAGAUCACUGUAUAUGGGAGUAAAAGGACUUGGUAGGCCUUUAACAGUAGUUGGCUCUUCAUUUGCCAACUAAUAACCAGCAAACUGAUUACAGUAUUUAUUUUUAUAAUGGCCUGCUGUUGUCUUCAUAGGUUUAGUUUUUUAAAAAAUCCUGUAUUUCCCUGACCAUAAGAUGCUUUUUUUUUUUUUUUUUUUUUUUUUUUUUUUAUAAAAUCCCCGUAACAGAUGCUGAGAUUUUUAUAGUGAAGUGGCAGUCUUCACAGAUAUUUGGCCAAAUUGUAGCCAAAUGGGGGGAAAAGGAAUGUUAAUGAUCAUUAGCGUGUUCAUGUCAUUUCAGUAAAUACUACAAAAAGUGUGACUUGAAGAUCACCAGCCCUACUGUUAAGUGUGGAAGUCAUCUUUUCUGUUCUGUGUGUUGUUUUUGGGGUGUGUGUGUGAAGUUGGUUUACAAAGUGAUGUCAUGGUCAUUUCCAGCUGAUGAUUUACAAAAACAUGAGCAGUCUUUACAAGCAGGAAACUUGCACUUUAAAUAUAAAUGUAAUUUAAAAAAAAAAAAAACAGUACACCAAUGUGCUUUUAUACAGCAAAGCAAUUUUACAGUUUAGGGGUGCAUCUUAUCCUCUGGGAAAUACACUAUCACUUUUAAAAAGUCUUUAAUGUAGCAUCAAGUGAGGUGAACAUGAGAAAAGACAGAUCAUGGACAUCCAGGAUUUCUCUUUUCUUCCCCCUUCCUCCUGCCUGAAAGGUCUACCUUAUUAGUAAGAGUUUUGUUUUGUCAGUGAUCUGAGUGAAUGAUUAUGGCUUUGCUUCAAAAUCAGUCAGCGCAUUGUGAAAUGACACAAAAAGCAUUUUGUGCAUGUGUCUGCGUUUUUUGUUUUUUUUUUAACUAUGGGUUUGUACAAUAGAGUAUAAUUGAUUGAUUUUACUCAUGUCUGUAGCAUUUAUCAGAUGCAUGUGUAUAGUUUUCCACAGUAGUGGUUCUGUGAACAUGUUGAGAGUUUGAUCAGUGAUUUUUAUUUUCACAAAGCAUUUUUGUAUUAAGGAGAAUGUCUGUCUGGACACGAGUGCAAGAGGAAUCUGCAGUACAAUUACUGUUAUUACUUGCUAGAACCUUUGUCAUACUAAUUUCUUAUUUUUCCUUUUUUUUUUUUUUAAAUCAUAGGAUUUCUCCAAGGAGAUGCAGCUUGUCUCAUUUCAUAUCGCUCUUUAUAAUGUAAUGAGCCUUUAGAGACUGUUAGUGGGAGUUGAGUUUCUACACUUAAAGCUGUGUUAAUCAGUGCCUUUAGGUUAGAUGAAGCUAAAUGACCAGUCUGUGUGCUUUCUGUUUUUGUUCUGGUCAUCUUGUUGUAUAAGAUGCUUCUGUGACUCCUUCCUAGAAAGUGACAAUUUUGAUGAUGCCACUCCAGGUUUGUCUCUUGUGGGUCUCCAGUAUCCCUGAACAUGUCAUUUUUAAACCAUUAAAAUAAUCUGUACAGAAUCAUCGAUUGUGUACUGUCAACACAACUAAAUAUACAAGACAUCUAGUAUAUCUUAACACAUUUAUCUUGGACUUGUCGCAGAUAAACGCCAGUGGAAAUUCAGUAUUUCUGUCUUGAUUUAUAUUGUGACUUGUAUCUGUAUUUAAUUCUCAACAAGCUGUAUUUAUUCAUCACAUUUAACACAUUCCAUGAAAUCCAGCCGUAUAUGAGCUGAUAGCCGAUGAGGCGUGUAGUGCCAAGUUGGCUAUAAGCCAUGUACUGAAUGAUGAGAUUGAGUGGAAUGAUGGUUUUAUUAUAUCCACAUUCGCUGGAUUUUGAGAAACGGAGCAUUUUUAUUUUUUGCAAAUUUGAUAAAUAAAAACUUUUAUACAAAA